AUGUCUUACGGUCAAUAUCAAAACAACCCAUACCAGGAUGGUUCCCUAGCUGAACAAGGUUACCAGGAGCACGAGCUACAGAACUAUCCAGAACAGCAACAAGUCUCAGACACUCUCCCACAACAGGAGUUCCUCAACCGGAUUCAAUUCCUCCGCAAUGAAAUCCGUACCCUUACGAGCAAUGUUCAAACAAUUGCGUCCCUUCACCAGCGCGCGCUGGCCGAAGGCGACGGCGGUGCAGCAUCGCAACAACUUGAACGCGUUGUCGCCGAUACGCAGACCUUGAACAUCGCACCCACCCGCGAUAUGAAGGAUCGGCAGGUCGCUACCAUCAAAGCUGAGUUUGAGCGUGAAUUGAGCAAUUACCGGCAAGAAGAGAACGUUUACAGUCAACGGUACCGCGAACAGAUUUCUCGUCAGUACCGCAUUGUCAAUCCCGAGGCUACCGAGGAAGAAGUUCGCAAUGCGGCCGAUGCCGAUUGGGGCAAUGAAGGUGUUUUCCAGACAGCGCUCCGCACCAACCGUGCCGGUCAAGCGUCGUCAGUUCUCGGCGCAGUGCGCGCACGCCACAAUGAGCUCCAGCGCAUUGAGCGGACCCUCAUCGAACUCGCAAAUAUGUUCCAAGAUCUUGCCAUAUUAGUGGAGCAGCAGGAUAAUGCGGUAAACGAAGCAGUCAACAACGCCGAGAACACGAAUAAAUACAUCGACGAAGGCAAUACUCAUGUGGAGAAAGGAAUCGUCCACGCCCGAAACCGCAGAAAGCUAAAGUGGUGGUGUCUCGUCGUCGUAAUUCUCAUCAUCGCCAUCGCCCUUGGUGUCGGUCUAGGCGUGGCCGCUAACGCUGGACUGCUCGGCGGCAAUAAAAACAACAAUAAUAACAACGGCAACUAA